CACUGACAGUGAUGAUGACAAGCAGCACGAAGCUUAAGUCCAACGUGCGUGCGCUUGCGCGGAUGCUUCGGAUCCUGAACAAGGCCACGACUCAGGCGCGCAGCCCCACACAUGCCCACGAGUUGGGGCCUGGCGUAGCCAUUGCUGCGCCCUGGCGCCAGCCGUGUGCCUCCCACAUGCCACCAGGCACCCGUGUGCACCUCCAUCGCCACCUGGAGACGGUGCGGAUGGUGGCAACCGCCUUUCCACACGACGGCACCGCUUCGAAUACCCCGACCACCCGAGCCACACCAGCAGCAUCCUCGCCCCGCACCCGCUAGCGCCGGCACAUGCGCGCUGCCAUCACCACCAGCAGCGGGCAACACCAGCAACAGCAUUCAAGACACCAAGAUCAUCACUGACAGACAAGAGGAGCCACCGUGAAUGAGGUGUUGUUGAUGAUGAUGAUGAUGCGAAGCAUUGUCUUUGGUCAGCAGCAACAUGAACGACGGCGCAAUGAACCGGAACGCGAACAAGGUGUCAGCAACAGCAAAACAAGGCAGAGUCCUUGGUCACAAACGAGCACGUCUCUUCAUCUGAUGUGCAACACAGAGAUAACAAGCAAGCAAGCAAGCAAGCAACAGCGGCAGAAAUUGCAAGAAUGGGCACGCCGGCUGAAUGGGCACGCCGGCAGCGUGCAGCUGCGACAACUACAGCAACAGGUGCACCAGCGCACAUGAACGGGUCAACAGAGCAAGCAAUACGGGCAAGCAACAACAGAUGAUCAAGCAACAACAAGUGGUCAAGCAACAACAAGUGAUCAACAGCGACCACAGGAGCGGCAAGGGGAAGUGAGGUCCCGUCUAGGCGGCGCUGUUCCUGUUGGCGAGCUGUGCGCGGGAAAUGCUGAGUUGCUCUUCAACAGCGGAGAAGUGUGGCCGCGCGUUUGGAUUCUGCUCCAUGCAGUCUGCACACAGCGCCUGGUACCACGCAGGCGUAUCUGCAGACGGAUGUGUUGUGUGUGUGUGUGUGUUGUGUUUGUGUGUUUGCGUGAGUGAGUGAGUGUGUGUGUGUGUGAGUGUGAGUGAGUGAGUGAGUGAGUGAGUGUGUGUGUGUGUGUGAGUGUGUGUGUGCGAGUGCGUGCGUGAAUGUGCCUGUGAUUGUAUUGUGUGCUCGCACACGACGCACAUAUGUGCAACAUGAUUGCGUGGUUCAUGGCUCGAUGAAUAAACCGCCGCCCCA